AUGGAAGAUACAGACAAAAGGCCGCAAUUCGGGAAUCGACUAUUAGAAAAUGUGGACGAAGUGUUUAAACACAACGCUUGGGACAAUGUCCAAUGGGAUGCAGAACAAGAAAAGGCAGCACAGGAGAAAGUUGGACAAAAUUCCCUUGUAACAUUUUCAGAAGAUAUAUUAAAAGAUUUGGAUCAGAAUGCAGAUAAGCAUUGGGAUAACUUUUAUGAUAUACAUCAAAAUAGAUUUUUCAAGGAUAGACAUUGGCUUUUCACAGAGUUUCCUGAAUUAGCACCAGACUAUACAUCAGCUCCUUGUAGAGUUUACCCUAAUGGUGAUACUAAUAAGAAAAAUAAUAUGCAAAUACAUGGAAUUUCCACUGAAUCCAAACGAUACAUCUUUGAAAUAGGCUGUGGUGUUGGAAAUACAAUAUUUCCUAUACUACAAUACAGUCAAGAUCCAAACUUAUUGAUAUAUGGAUGUGAUUUUUCAUCUAAAGCAAUUAGUAUUAUGAAAGAGAAUGAAUUAUAUGAUACAAAAAGAUGUGAAGUUUUUGUACUAGAUGCUACAAAAACUGAAUGGAAAGUCCCAUUUGAAGAAAAUUCAAUAGAUAUAAUUGUAUUAAUAUUUGUGCUGUCUGCAAUUGAUCCUACAAAGAUGACCAAUGUUGUUAAAAAUAUUUAUAAAUACCUAAAACCUGGUGGUUUAGUAGUGUUCAGAGAUUAUGGUAAAUAUGACUUGGCCCAGUUACGCUUCAAAAAGGAAGAAAUGUUCAAAAAUUGUGGAUUUUUGGAAGAACAGAAUCUAAUAGAUAGAAGACUUCAAGUAAAUAGAGGUAAAAAAUUAACAAUGUAUAGAGUUUGGAUACAAGCAAAAUAUAGAAAACCAUUGUAG